CAAAACAACGUGAUUUGUUAUAUAUAUAUAAUUCUGUUUCGUAACCAUGAAAUGGGGUUUAUUUUUGGGUACACGAAUGGUCAGAGGUCGAGCGGCAACAUCAAGAAAUCUUGGAAAUCAGAAAAAAAUUCAUUCUUUCAAUGAUCAUCAGAUGUACAGAAGCCCCACCAGGAAAGUUUUUCCAGCUGUUUCAUCAUUUCUUGCCCUUGCCUUCUUCAGUAAAACACCCUUAGUAGACUGUCCCCAUCAACAGUCAGUGGAUCCAGGUGCUGCAGAUCAUAACAGUAGCAACAAGAUGUCUGCCAAACUACAGAAGGCUAAGCAGGAAGCCCUGUGGGGCAUGUUUGUGGCAGAUGCUCUAGCCAUGCCAGUACACUGGUACUACAAUCCAGCAGACAUCAAGUCUGGUUAUGGAGGGUGGUUGACUGGUUAUAGGGCUCCGGAGAAACACCAUCCCUCGAGUAUCCUCACUAUAUCUGCCACAGGAGGCAGUGGUCGAUCUGGAUGGGGUCAAAAGAGCAAACCCAUAAUAGGAGAUAUAAUUCUACAUGAUAAGCUUAAAUACUGGACCAGCAAUGACAGAACUGUCCAUUAUCAUCAAGGAAUGAAACCAGGGGACAAUACUCUAAAUCUCUCAAUGGCACUAAAAAUGCUACAGACCAUGCAAACAGCUGAUCCAAAGGCUACCAUGGAUCCACGAGAAUUACGUGGUAAAGUUCUGGAGCAAUACGUGAAAUUUAUGACUUCUCCAGGGUCCCAUAAUGAUACAUAUGCUGAGUCAUUCCAUAGAUCAUUUUUCAAAGACUGGAGCGAGAGCAAAACUCGCCCAAAGGUAGCUGAAGAAGUAUUAAAGUGGGCAGAGGAAAGAUACAUGAAAGCAAGCAAAGGGCCGUUAGAUCACCAGCUGGUCAGUAUCGGUGCACUUGUACCUGCUAUUCCAUGGAUUAUUCACUACGCACAUAAAUCAGAAUCAGAAUGUGCCAAAGCUACCGUAGACUUUCUGAAACUUACACAUCCUGAGUCUGGGCUGGUUCCUUUUAUUGAUAUUUACGCCAGACUGCUGCAUGGUGUACUAAACGGACACCCACUGAAACAGGAAGCCAUGAAGACUCUGAGUAACGCUGAAUUAGGAGGACAACAGAAACGGGAAUCCGUGCUGAAUCUCCUAGACAAAGCUAAUGGAGCGCCGAGAGGGUCUGAAAGCCGAUUGAGAAUGUACCAGUCCGCCACCAGUCGUUUGGGAUCCGCUUGUUACAUGGAAGGUGCUAUGUCUAGCAUGCUAUUCCUAGCGUUGGAAUUUGCUGAUGACGUUAACGAGGGACUCUUGGCAAAUGCUAAUUGUGGAGGGGAAAAUUGUCACCGGGGUGCAGCGCUUGGGGCGCUUUUGGGGGCAUCAGCGGCUUACCGGGAAAACGAGGUGUCCACCGAAUUCAAAGAGAAACUUGGAUCAUCAAAGACAGGACUUACACCUAUAAUUGAACAAUUGCAAGCGUAGUUAGAGGUUAUUUCUAAUAUUGCGCAGUUAAUAUUUAUUUAUUAAUAUCACUGUUUGAAGGUAUGAACUAACUGUUUCGAUUUAUAAUGUAUUUUUGCUUAUUUGUGCACAACAUUUAUAUAGAAUAUUAAAAGUUGAUCAUUAAUGAC